GAUUCUUGGCGCUGCCAGAUCCAGCAGGACUUUAUCCAUGGUUGUCUUCCGCACUCGAGGCCACAAUCGAAGCAGCGUCAGCUUUCCAGGAGAAAUUCGCGAGUUGAAUUGUUAACAUGCAUUGCCGUAUCAAAGCUUUUGCGCAACAUUUUGAGUACCGGCGUCAACUCCGCCGGAAACAGCGGCGUCUCGCCAAUAAGCCUGCUGUCCAUCACAGUACUCUCGGAAUCCAUGCCUCAGCCCUCGUUUGCGCCCUCCACCCAGCUCACGGAGUCCUUCUUGAGGGUGUCCAUCAAGUACUCUCGAUUACGCAUCUCGAUGCAAUAAGAAGAAGCUCACUCGCCCCUUCGCCCUGGUUCCCCAAGCCCGAACCUGCACCCGACCCAGCGCUCCUACUCAUUUAGUUCACCUGUCACCCACACUGUUGCGGGACAGCAGACUCGCAAUCGCAGUGUCAUACCCGGCUGGGCAUUACAACUUCUCAGCGGCUAUCUUCUCCUCAAAGACCAUUUCCAAUCAAGGCUUUGCCUUCCCUGUCACCCUGUUAUAGC